AUGAGGCAAUCGAGACGAAAUAUCAAGAUUCAUUUACAGCAGUUGCACAAUUUCUGCAGCCUGCGGUUUUGCGCAGCCAAGGUGAAACUGAAACACCGUGCGUUGACGCUUCCAAGCUUGAGAGGUGGCUUGCUGAUUCAUGCACUGAAGAAGAUUAAAGACCAAACAGGAGUCCUCUCUUGUGAGUUGCAGUACCUCGAUUAUGGAGCCGAGGUGGUAAUCGAUGGACAGCCUGGCAAUGUCCUGAAUUGUGAAGAAGCGGUGCUGCGAGUCGCUGAAGGCAACGUCGACGGAUUGGAUUUCGUGGAAAUUCGCCAUGAGGUCUCCAUGCCAGCAGGGAGGAAGCUUCAGACAGGAAAAGCGAAGAAACAACAAACGCCGGCGCAAGCCAUCGGGUGUAUGACAGGCGCGGUCAUGUCGGUGAUUGAUUGCAUUAUGAAGCAACCAUACUUACCAUAG